AUGUACCUAGUACAAAUCAAGAUACUAGAAACCAGAGGGUACUCUAUAAAGCAAAAUAUGCAUUCAAAAGUAUUAGCCAUGUGUCAAAUUCGAGCCAAAAUUUAUCAAGAUGAAAUAAAUAUUAACAUAGACUAUACCCGGGAAUGUUUUUAUUCUAAUAGUAUUUUGAACAAUCAACUAGAUGAGAUAAAAAUAGAGAACCUUGAAGAGACAAGUUCUAUAGAAGAUGAAAAUAGAAAUAUGUUAAUAGAAAAUAACAUUAAAUUAGAAGAAGAAUAG